AUGGCGACUAAAAAAAACUAUUAUACCAACCCGGCUUUUUGCCAGCAAAGUGAAUUUUAUAAUGGACAACGCCCCCCACAGCCCCUGAGCCCUCGGGGAAGUAUUAGGCAGUCUCCAGUGGGUGCUCAAACACCACACCGCGUUUUGGAUAAUUCAGGAGUACAAGAACAAGAGUUUUACGAAGAAGUUGUGGUGGACGAUCAAGGAUUUAUAAAAGAGAAGAAGUUCGUUAUCGUGGCUCAAAACAACGAAGGAAGAAAUAAGAAUCAAAAUCAUAGAUACGAAUACAUACCAAUGCAGGAACAUGACUGUAGAUAUUCAAAAACAACACCUAAAAAGCAACAAGUUCAGAAAGAAGUCGAGGUUCUUCCUGGGAGAAGCCCCAAUAGAUAUGAAUAUAUACAGACUUCCCCAAAAUCUCCCGUGUCUGGUGGAAGAUAUGAAUACAUCCAACAACCGCUUCAGCAGCGUGCAGGUAAUCCCAUUGCUACACAAAAGCUCCACGAACUGUUAUCGACACCAAAGAAGAUAAAUUCUACUUCUAGAAACUGCACUCCUCAAAAAAUUCUCUCUCCACAAAGUGGUAGAAAGGUUAUACCACCUGCACUAUCUCCUAAAGAAUUCCAAAUCCCCAGUAAUUCCCCUCCGAAAAUUAGGAGUCAUACGUCGAAAGCUCAACAAAAGUUGAACUACGCCCUAGGGACCAGGCAACUGGUUGAACAAGACAAGAGGCAUACAGCAAUAGUGGCCCCAAUGUGUUCAAGUCCGAUUCAUUCAGUUUACAGUGAGACUACUUAUUCGAACAAAUCCGAGUCCUGGAUGAAUUUGAGUAUUGGAAACAAGUCUGUGCGAUCCACUUUGGCUGUAGCUGCUCUUCUGAUGCUCCUUUGUGGAACUGUGACUUCAGGAUUGUGUUUCUACAUGAUCUCGAUAAUGGGACGACUUUACUUCUUGGAUUUUGGAAUUGUUGCGGGAUUUACUUGUCUUAUUUUAGGAUUGUUAGGAUUCAGGACGAAUAAUGUCUACUGGUUGCCGAAUAGAAAUUAUAUUUCAGGCUACCUGGUGCUGAGCGUUUUCAGCCUCUUGACUUGCGUCGGCCUCCUAGUGCUAUUAGUGAUGCAGCCCAGGCCCGGAACUCCACUGGCGGACAUCACUUCCGGCGCAGUGUGUGGGAUUUCCGUUUUCUCCUUAAUUCUAGCCGUGAGCGGCGUGGUAUCCAGUUAUUGUUGCAAGUACCCACCUCCUGAUAACAGGGUACAGCACUGCGCAGAAGGGUUCACAGUAUGA